AUUAGAAAAGAUGCCGGCUGCCCGCGGCUGCUGGAACCUGCGGGGAAGGGCUGUCAUAUUCUCCUGCUAACGGCCGGUGCAGAUUAGGCUUCGUUGUCUGGGUCCUAUCAUACAUUGUGCCCUUUAGUAAUGGUUGCAUCAUCGACCUGAUGGGAAUCUCCUGGUAACUAGUGACGUAUAGGUGAACAUGGCGACUGGAGACCUGUCAGCGCUUGUGGAUGAACUGGAGAAUGUGACCACAGAGCUGCAGGCCAUAGAGGUCCAGGUCCAGGAGCUGCUGGAAAGACAGCAGGAGCUGAUCCAGAGGAAGAGCGCGCUGAAGAAGAAAAUCCAGAGGCUGUCGGAGGACGCAGAGGCCGGAACCAGCGCUGAGGCAGAGUCGUCCUCUGAGAACUGGAACAGACAAGACUUCUCAUGGUCACAGAAGGUGAAGGAGGAGCUGCAGAAUUCCUUCCAGCUUGAUACCUUCCGGAACUUACAGCUCGAAACUAUCAAUGCCACAAUGGCUGGCAAAGAUGUUUUCCUGAUUAUGCCAACGGGUGGUGGAAAGAGUCUCUGCUACCAGUUACCGGCGGUAUCCUCGAAAGGGUUCACACUGGUGAUCUGUCCCCUGGUGUCUCUUAUGGAGGAUCAGCUCAUGGUUCUCAAGCGCCUGGGAGUCUCGGGCACCAACCUCAAUGCUGCGAGUGGUAAGGAUCAUGUCAAGUGGGUGCAUGGGGAGAUGAUUGACAAGAAUUCCCAACUGAAAUUACUCUACGUAACUCCGGAAAAAAUUGCAAAGAGCAAACUGUUCAUGUCUCGGCUGGAAAAGGCGUAUCAGGCAGGGCGGCUGGCUCGUAUCGCCAUUGACGAGGUUCACUGCUGCAGCCAGUGGGGACAUGACUUCAGACCUGAUUAUAAGACAUUGGGCAUCCUGAAGCGCCAGUUCCCCAAUGCUCCGCUGAUUGGACUGACCGCCACAGCCACCAGUCAUGUUCUGAAGGACGCUCAGAAAAUCCUCUGUGUGCAAAGGCCACUGACAUUCACUGCCUCCUUCAAUAGACCCAACCUGUUCUAUGAGGUUCGUCAGAAACCGUCCUCCUCCAGCGACUUUAUAGAGGACAUCGUGAAGCUGAUUAAUGGCAGAUACAAGGGGCAGUCAGGAAUUAUUUACUGUUUUUCUCAGAAAGACUCGGAACAAGUUACAAUUAGUUUGCAAAAAUUAGGCAUUCAAGCUGGAACCUAUCAUGCCAACAUGGAAGCACGGGACAAGACCAAAGUCCACACGCUCUGGACUGAAAACAAGAUCCAGGUUGUUGUGGCCACUGUGGCGUUUGGUAUGGGAAUCGAUAAACCAGACGUACGAUUUGUAAUUCAUCACACAAUGAGUAAAUCAAUGGAAAACUAUUACCAGGAGAGUGGACGAGCAGGCCGGAAUGACCAGCGGGCAGACUGUAUAUUAUAUUCGGGGUUCAGCGAUAUUUUCCGGAUAAGUUCGAUGGUCAUUAUGGAGAACGUUGGGCAGCAGAAGCUCUAUGAGAUGGUCCGAUACUGCCAGGACUUAGAAAGGUGCCGACGUGUCCUCAUCGCUAAGCAUUUUGAUGAAGUCUGGGAUUCAACGCAGUGUAAUCAGAUGUGCGAUAACUGCCACAGCAAGAAGAGCUGGGAAAAAGUUGACAUCUUGGAUUAUGGCAGAGACAUUGUGAAAAUCCUGCGGCAAGCUGAUCAGAUGGAUGAAAAGCUGACACCGCUGAAGCUCAUCGACGCAUGGACUGGAAAAGGUGCCUCCAAGCUGCGUGUUGCCCAAGUCCUACCCCCAAAACUGCCCCGCACCGAGCUGGAGAGAAUCAUUUCCCACUUGCUGCUUCAGAAAUACAUCAGGGAAGAUUUCAGCUUCACUGCUUAUGCCACGAUAUCCUACAUCAAAGAGGGCCCCAAAGCGAGCGCACUGCAGAGCGAGGAACACUCAAUCCUCAUCCACAUGAGAAGUGCAGGAAACGCCGCGACUAAGGUAAAAUCUCCCAAGUUUUCAUCAUUGAAGGAGUCUAACUCGACGCACAAUAGCCCGGCAAGUACCACAAAGUCACAGCCGAAAAAGGGAGGCGGCGAGCUCAAGCGUCCUCCUCCACCAAGCAGCCCCAAGGCCAAGAAGAGUCGCAGGUCCCCUGACGCUUCCAUUGUCAUAGACUAAUGCCUUUGUAACAAGGCACCCCUCUUCACUAUGGGGGUUCAGCUGGUGUCACCAUGAUCUCUAAUGACAUAGUGAGUACAUUUAUACUUACUAAAUAGCCCAAAGUGCCGGUCAGGAGCUUGCAGUCACGUGAGGCGCUGUGGGGCUCUGUACAUGCUGCAUCUUAUCUUAGGAAUCACCGCACGAUCCUGUGCUCAGUCCAGCAGAACUUUCAGCCCGUGACUGGCACAUGGAGGAGGAGAGGGCACAGUCCCCUGAUGGAUGAACAC